UCAAGCACCUAGGCAUGCAGACUGCUUCUUCAAACAUUUGUGAAAUAAUGGGUCGCUCUCAGGAGCUCAGUGAAUUCAAGUGUGGUAACCAUGAUAGGUUGCCACCUAUGCAAUAAGUCCAUCUGUGAAAUUUCCUUGCUACUAAAUAUUCCACGAUCAACUGUUAGUGGUAUUAUAACAAAGUGGAAGCAACUGGGAACAACAGCAACUCAGCUACGAAGUGGUAGGCCACAUAAAAUGACAGAGCGGAGUCAACACAUGCUGAAGCAAACAGUGCGCAAGUUGUCAACUGUCUCCAGAGUCAAUGGCUAAAGAUGUCCAAACCUCAUGUGGUCUUCAGGUUAGCACAACAGUGCGUAGAGAGCUUCAUGGAAUGGGUUUCCAUGGCCGAGCAACUGCAAUCAAGUGUCGGAUACAGUGGUGUAAAGCAUGUCGCCACUGGGCCAGUUGAGAUGUUUUCUCUGGACUGACGAAUCGAGAACGGUACUUGCCUGACUACCUUGUGCCAAAUGUAAAGUUU